UUUAAAGUUAUUUUCACAUCAUUUUGAUAUUAUGAUGACUUGUAUUAUGAGUAUAUAUCAUAUAUACACGUGAUCACAUGUUCGUAAUUAAAGAUUUACGGAAAAUCGGAGACGCAUCAGAGAGGCGUAAAUCUAUUGUUAUAGCAAAACGUAUAUCAACAUUCUCGUGUUCGGAUAAUUUACGCUGCCUUUUCCCGAGUAAAUAAUAAAUGAAAAAGAAGAUAAAAUGCGUUGAAGAAUAUUCUUAAACGUUGCAUAGCGUGAACGCUGCAUAGGCAUACAUAUUUACACAUAAAAAUUCACGUACACACGUGACACAGAAGUAAGAUUAUCUGAGGGUCUAAGCACAAAGAUGGCCGUAACUGAAUCGUGAAACGUGAGUCGUAAUCGUAAGUCAAUACACAAUGUUUUGGCGCAACUGUACGUCGAUAUGGCAUACAUAAUUACUCCAAAACAUUGUAUAUUUGUCUACACCUAUGACUCACGUUCCACAACUCAGUUACGGUCGUCUUUAUACUCAGCCCUUACGUAUUGUGUUCGACAACGAUCGCACCUGGUUAUUAGGCUCGGUCACAACUGUCGAUCGAUGAUCUAUUAUCAUUAAGGAAAGAAGUGGAGGAGAAGAUAUAUGAACUUAUAUCACAUAACACAGCCCGCAUUUCUCCGAGAUACUCAAUACUCGACUUGCCGCCUGAUUUACAAAAGUCGAUGUUAUCGUUUUAUCCCGGUUUUAAAUGUUUACUUAUGUAUAAUAAGAUUGUAAUAUAGUCGUUGGGCCAAAUAAAGCUCGUUUUUCGAUAUAAGCACAUAUGUAGAUGCGUGUGAUUAUUUCUUCUUAAGUUAAAACGUUGCUAAAAAAGAGCAGGAGUUCAAAAAAUUACCGCAAGAUUUCCAUAAUACAAAACUUCUUGCAUUGUUAAUAUACGUCGUUCCUCUCUCUCUUCGCCUAAGGAGAUUCAUUUAAUUUACUAAAACCGCGUUACGCUUAUGAAGGACAGUUAAUGGCACGCAAUCUAAACUUCAUUAAUGUUACAGAAGUAAUAUAUCGUUCUUUAUUCUACGUGAAACAUCAGGGAAAACGACACUUAUCAAUGUGUCUCGCUUUUACACAAACUUUAUUAUUCUUUCUCCAAAAUAUUCUGUAUCGCAAAAAGCUUCAAUGUAAUCAUUUGCAACUUAACAUACUCGCUUAUUGCGAAACGUGUUGGAAAUUAGGAAGAAGAUACUAGCAAGAAAAGGCGAAAAUGGAGGAAGAAAUUCAUGUGCAAAUGGAAGACAACUCGCCCUCAAUAGAGCACAGUUUACGUCUGAUAUCGUACACUUCUUGGCUCCUCGGUGUCGGCAUUGCACGUCCGCGAAAGUGUCCCAAAGCUAUUACAAUAACGCUACGUAUUGUUCACUUGGCUGUGUGUUCCGUUAUCGUAGCGUACGGCGCAAUAGAUUUCUUCACCUUCGGUAGUGUCUUCAAAAGUGACAUAUUCAAGAUCAUGUAUUACAUGAACAAGGUGAUGUGCUAUGUAUCGGCGUAUUACUACGUUUAUCAUGGGAUCAGACAGUAUGACAAGUGGCCGGAGUUGAUGGACAGAAUAAAGGAGAUAGACCAGAAGAUCAGAAAGGAAAUCCCUAUGAAUGAUCGGCCUAUAAAAAAUGUAGAAACGCUAGCUAUUCUCAUGAUAUUCGCUUGCGGCCCUUUGUCUCUGAUCGUGCACGCCCUGUAUUACUAUUUUACGCGUCCUGAAAACAUUUUUGCGUCCGACUUGCUGCUUUAUUAUACGAUAGCCCAGUCAUUGAUCAAUAGUUUUGUCUUUGAUGUUGUCGUCUAUGUUUUGUAUCGUAGAUUUCAAACGAUAAAUGAAUUGAUCGACCAACUGGACCAGCUAUUCGGUGCACCGUGGAUCGCGCUCAAGAUUAGACGCAUCAGAGAAUUGUAUACCGGUAUCUGUGAUCUCGUUAUCAUGGUGAAUGAUAUUCAUGGCUUUCAUCUCCUCCUCUGUUCGGCGAACUGCUUCACUAUGGUUGUAGCUACUCUAUUUAGAAUCUAUAUGGGUGUCGUGGAAAAAAAUUAUGCAUUCAUAGUGAUAAAUAAUAUUCUUUGGAUUCUGUACGCCAUGCAGUUCGGAUUGAUGUGCUGGAUUUGCACGCUCGCGUGUAAAGAAUCCGACAAGAUUGGGAUAAGUAUAUACGCGAUUGUACUGAAUUGCAAGCCUACGAAUCUUGAUAAGCUGAAUGGUGCGAGGAAUCAAUCAAAUCUAGAGGUACCACCGCCAUUGGAAGGACCGGAUGGCGAGCAAAAUUCUAAUCGGAGCAGCAAUUACAAUUUGAACUACGUUGUCAUGGAAAAUAUUUUACGCAAAAACCUGGAUCGAGACUGUGUCAGGAACGAGGUCAAUGAUUUUUCGAUUCAACUGCAACAGCAUCGAAUAGCAUUUACAGCCUGCGAUUUCUUCGAAAUGAACAAUGCUCUGCUCAACAAUUUCGUCGGAGUGAUUACCACUUAUCUAAUAAUCCUCGUUCAAUUUUAUCGACCUGAAAAUCCAGACGCGCAAUUCAAUAGAAAACGCUAAGCGGAAUGUUAUUGCGGUAAGAGAUUAAAAAAACAUCAUAGUUUUUUAAAAUUAAUAUUAAAUAUAUUAAUAAAUUAAUUUA